ACAGGUGUGGAUUACAAGUGCUGCAGGUGUACAGGCGGGAUUACAUAGCCUACAAGUGCACAGGUGUGGAUUACAAGUGCUACAGGUGUACAGGCGGGAUUACAUAGCCUACAAGUGCACAGGCGUGGAUUACAAGUGCUACAGGUGUACAGGCGGGAUUACAUAGCCUACAAGUGCACAGGUGUGGAUUACAAGUGCUACAGGUGUACAGGCGGGAUUACAUAGCCUACAAGUGCACAGGUGUGGAUUACAAGAAUACAUAAGUAAUAUUAAACAACCUAAAGAAGUACAACUGUGGAUUACAAAGAUUCUUCUAGAGUACAGCCGUGAAUUACACAGCCUAAGGAUACAUUAGAUAACAGGCCGGCGGUACAGAGCAAGGAUACAACAGCAUUCCUCACAGAUGAAGGAGGGAACACACGACAGCCAGAGGGUCACCGGUGUCCACUCUGACGAAUAAGUCGAGAUAAAAGGAGAUAAAAGUAUAUGGCAGACGCACGGGGCAAAGGGGACCAUCAGGCGGCUCCUACGAUACAUCUGUUUCCAGCUGUCAGGCAGAGGAUGGAGCAAACGAAGGAACAAGCGCCGUGGCCUAAGAUAAGGAACAACAGAGUUGGAGUAGACGAUGCAACGGCGAGCGUCGACAUAGGUAACGAGGUGGAUGACGUAACGAAUAAAUCUCCAGUAACGAGGUCCCUCUCUGCCAAGCUGAGAGCCUCCAGCGGGUUGAGUCAAUUCCGUGAGGUUGACUUCAGCGACCAGGUGCAGGGCGUGUGUGUCACCGCCAAGGCCAGACCUCAUUACGACGUCCCAGAGUCACUGAAGAAUUGUGACGUGACGAGUAGACGAGCAAGCGAGAACGAAAGCGGAAGACACUCGCGAACCGAGAGUGAGGAGAACCGGAGUGUUUUGCCCAGUGAUGACGCCAGUCAGAGAACCAGUGGUGCAGGUGCAGACGAUGGGGCAGCGAGUGAAGGAGGAAGAGUGGUUGUCAUAAGACAAUCAGCGCAACCAAGCGAAAAUGGGCAGUGCGGCAGUCACAAUGAAAGAGAGAGAAUGGGGGAGGAGGUACGAGGGGGAAUUCUUGUCGGUAAGGAAGGUGGUGCAGAAAACGCUAUAUAUGUCGUCGCAGAAGAGAGCUCUCUUGUCGCUGGGGUGGGUGGUAUAGGUGCACAUACGAUGGCAGGCGUCGUGUCCAGUAAUUUCAGAAGAGUUCCUAAAACUCUGCCACUAAAGGACUCUCAGCGGUUCUCCUCGGGAGCAAGCACGAGUAAAGACUGCGGCCACACCUCCCCCACUAGCUCGGCCACUGUGGGCACCGAACUCUCCUUUGGUUUCAUGCAUGAUGAAACGACGAAUAUUACUGAGGAAGAGAAGACCGCGAGACCUCGUCAUAUCCCCCCGCCAGAGGAGCAGGAGAAGCCAAGUCUAACACCCACGUCACUGGCCAUCUACUCGUCUAUCCAGAAGAACGGCCUCCGCUCAGGGACGUGUAUCCUCUUUACAACGGGGAUUUUCACCUUCAUCAUCACCCUGAUACUCACAAUAGCCAUCCUCGUCAUGCCCAAGACCCUGGUUGUCAAGAAGGAGGAGCAGAGGAGCCGCGACGUCCCCGCUGUCACCCACAGCCCCAGCAACAUGGGUAAAGUGGUGUCUGUCGGGGCCCUACACGCUCCUCACACCGUCACCAGGCUCCUCAUCAAGGCCCUCCUCGCCCCCCCGUCCACACCUGUCACUCUCACAGACCUUACGGCCUCUCCACCCUUCCUCCCUGCCAUAUCCUCCCCAUCUAACACAUCCUUAACCUUUAAUACAGUUUCCCCAUCCACCACAUUCUCCCCACCUAACACAGCCUCCCCCUCUAACGUCUCCCCAUCUAACACACCCUCCCCAUCUUCCCCAUAUAAUACAUCCUCCCCAUUAAACACAUCCUCCCCAUCUAACACAUCCUUCCCAUCUAACACACCCUCCCCAUCUUCCCCAUAUAAUACAUCCUCCCCAUAUAACACAUCCUCCCCAUCUAACACACCCCCCCAUCUUCCGCAUAUAAUACAUCCUCCCCAUAUAGCACAUCCUCCCCAUACAACACAUCCUCCCCAUCUAACACACCCUCCCCAUCUUCCCAUAUAAUACAUCCUCCCCAUAUAACACAUCCUCCCCAUUAAACAUCCUCCUCAUCUAA